AGUUUAUCUCUGAAGACCAGAACUUUUUUUCUUAUGGAAAUGCAAUGAACAAUCAAGAUAUUUAUAAUCCACUUUAUGGAUCUCAAGGAACAGCAAGUGUUAAUUCACCUAUGUCUGCUCUAUUAUCACCAUUAUCAAAUUCUGAAUUUUUACCAUUAAAGGAUGCAAUAAUUAUUGAAACACCAUAUAUAACAAUUUUGGAGCAACCAGUAGAUAAAUUUAGAUUUCGAUAUAAAUCAGAAAUGGUAGGAACACAUGGAAGUUUAGUGGGAUCAAGUAAUAAUAAUAAUCGUCGUAAAAAUGCACCAACAGUACAAUUACAUAAAUAUCCAAAUAAUGCAAUAAUACGAUGUACAUUAGUUACAUCUGAUGAACAUCAACGAAUUCCUCAUCCACAUAAAUUAGUCCAUAGAGAUGAUAGUCUGGAUUGUGAUGAUCCACAUGAUGUUAAAGUAUCCUCAGAAAAUGAAUAUAUUGCAACAUUUCAUGGAAUGGCAAUUAUACAUACAGCAAAAAAAUAUAUUAGAGAUGAACUUAUAAGAAAAAUUAAAAGGAACACUUUGGAAAUGAAAAAACGCGAAAAUAUAAAUGCUACCCUUAGUACUAUAGAAGAAGCACAUAUUAAAUCUGAUGCAGACCGCUACCAAAAAUAUGUGAAUUUGAAUAGUGUGGCAUUAUGCUUUCAAGCAUUUAUCUUGGAUCAAAAUGAAAUUAUGAUACCGAUAACAGAUCCUAUAUAUUCACAUCCUAUUAAUAAUCUCAGUAAGUAAAAAAAUAAGUU